CCGUCGUCCACAGCAAAAGGACUCCCACAGAUCCCUGGAGAACCAACGACCGCCACAGCUGCAGAGGAUCGGUCGGAACAGAGGCUUAAGAAGGCCUCCGGCAAGCCAAGAAUGAGGCCUCCGGCGUAUGACGAUGAAACCCACAAGGGCAGCGUGCUUCAGAAGACAGCGGACUUCCCGCUGCAAGGGGUGGGUCGUGUCGCAUUCUGGUGAGAAGGGAAGUGGGAAUGAGGUAUCAAUUAUGAUAUCAGUGGAUGGACGGACUCGGGGCGUUUGUUGCUUGUUUCAAAGCUUGUCCUGGGACUUUGGCGGCUCGGCGGUUGAUGCAGACGUGCAGGCCCUGGCCGUCGAUAACAGGGGAAGGAUCACAGGUGCGCACACAGCUGACGUGACACCAUGCGAUGGACUGAUGGCAUUGAUUGAACGGUUCUGUCUGUCUGUCCGUCUGUCUGUGUGGCGCCAUGCCAUCCGUGCAUCACAGAUGCGUGUUACUACAACAAGUAAGUACGCUGGCUGCCUGAGAUGGAUGGAUGUGACUCUGUCUGUCUGUCUGUCUGUCUGACACAGCUUGAAGGCGCUCGGCAAGGCGCUCACGCACAGCGGCGAUUCGCUCGACGGCAAGGAGGAAGGCGUUGACGAGAAGGUAGUGUUACCGUUUCACGUCGACGUGUGAAAAAAUGCUGCGCGUUGCGUUGAGGUUAGUUGCUGUCGUCCUGCUUGUUGUUGAUUGUGCAGGUGGCGGUGAAUGUGUCUCGUUUGGGUCAGGAGAUCGAGCUGAUCAUCAUCCUCGUGUGCUGCUACAGCGGCGGAAGCCUUGGCAACCUCGUCGAGGGCAUCUUGCGUGUCGCGGACGAUGAGUCCAAAUGCACCCUUGCACAGGUGUGUCUGGCUGGCUGUGGGUGUUUUGGCGCGUGUGGAUGCCUGCCUCUUUGUCCAUGUCAUGUGGUUGCAGUUUGUGCUUCGCGAGAAGGGCCAGGCGACGGCCAACAUUCUGUGUGCCAUGUUCCGCCACGGCGGCUCCUGGAGCGUCCGCACCAUCGACCAUGUGAGCAUUCGCGAAGGAAGGAAGCACAUGCGCAAGAGCAUGCCGCUUGGCUGUUGUGUCUGUCGGGUGGGUGUCCUUGUGAUAAAUAUCAAUCAUCACAUCAAUCAGGCGCUUGCUGACGGGCAGAGGCAUUUUAUGGACUGCCUGGAGUCCAUCCAGACCCACAUACGGUCCUUCAUCCCGUCCGCACCGACCAGGCAGAAGCUGGCCUUCAGCAUGAGGAAAGGUGAGGUGCGGCCGUGUGUGUGGGGUGGUGGUGGUGGUGGUGCUCAUUCGGUCUGUCGUUCGUUCAGGUGGCAUUUUCGACUUCGGCUCUCAGCAAGACCUCAUCGUGUGUGGCCUGGGAUGGUGCGCAUCGCAAAACAAGACAGACAGCCGACUGAUAUGAUCGAUCACAUACACCCUACCCUACACCCCAUGCGUACCUACGUGCAUUCGCUCACCCAUGCGCUGCGCUUGCUGGUGCGGUGCAGGGACGUGUCAAUGGGCCAGGUCGACCUUGAUGCAUCAUGCUGCCUGCUCGACCAAAACAACAACUUCGUCGAAGCGGUCUUCUUUGGGUCAGUCAAGAGCACCGACACACACAAACACACACACACACACACACAGAAGGCGCGGGAGAAUUCUUGGUGUUGGCCCUCUUGUUCUUUGUGUGUGUGCAGGAACCUGAAGAGUAAGGAGCAUGGCGUGCAGCACAGCGGUGACAACUUAACGGGAGAGGGGGAGGGCGACGACGAGCAGGUCACCGUCCACCUAUCGCAGAUCGGAGAGAGGGUAAUAAGCAAGCUAAGCGAGAGAAGAAGGCCGGGUGGGAUCGAUGGACGGAUGGAUAACCGGUGUGUGUUGUCCUUCCUGCUCGCUGUCUUCCUUCCUUCCUUCCUUCGUGUCUGUCUCACUCCCACCUCCCUCACGUCUACUACUCAGAUCAAGUGCCUGUACUUCUGCAUCCACAUCUACACACCCAACAAGACCUUCAUGGUAGGUAGGUACCACAGGGGGCCCACACACACACCACUCACCAGUGUGUAUCACCAUCCUCCCCCACACCCACACACCAUCCCUGUGUGUGUUUCCCUCCCCCCUUCCCGCCCCACCCACCCACCCACCCACAGCAAGUGGCCAACCCCUACUGUCGCGUGUGUGACGGGUCGACUGGCGAGGAGUGGUGUCGCUACCAACUCAGGGAGGCCGGGCCGUCCAGUGGGCUCAUCAUCGCCAGGCUGCAGAGGGACCCAUCAGGCCGCUGGGGAUUCGGUGCUCUCGGGGUGCCUUCGAACGGUAUGGGAUGAGACAAUGGUGCGUGAGAGGACGCAUCGGUGCGUUCGUGUGUGUGGUUUGGUCCACAGGUCGGUUGUACAAGGACUCGGUGCCCGACAUGCAGCGGCUGAAUAGCGUGGCGACCAACACGCUCCUGGAGCACCAGCAAAGCAUGGUCAGCCAGCAGCCCGACCACUCUCUCCCCAUCCCUUCCUGAAUGUGUGUUGUAAGUCUCUCUCUCUCUCUCUCUCUCUCUCUGUGUGUGUGUGUGUGAAUCAGCUGGGUGUCCCUCCCCCGCAGGUGAUAGCAGUGACGACCACGACCGGACCGGCCGCCGCACCGGCCCCCUACCCCGUGCAGACGCCCGCACCCCCACCACCCAAACAGAACAAAUGCUGCACCAUACUGUGAUUGAUUGAGGUGUGGGCGGGCUUAGCUAUAUUAGUGACAGCGGUUUGGUAUCUAUUCUAUCGCACACACAACACUAGCGAUGGAUGGAUGGAUGGACAAUCCACAUGUAACUACUGCAGACUCACGUGGGUGAGUGAAUGUAUAGAAAGGGCACGUACGGCUGACUGUUGUUUGUAAAGGGAGGGAGGGAGGGACGGAUGGAUGGACGGGCGGUGGGUGCGGUGUGGUGCCGUGUGUGUGGUGUCUGUCUGUAUAAAAUGAGAGCGGAGCGGCAUAUAUCUGCACUGUUAAUGCAUGUGUUUGUGUGACUUUCCCACGCGAGUUGACUUUGCACGGAUGGAUCUACAAGUAGC